AUGCAGUUCUUUGCCAGGGCAGCUGUGCUGGCUGGGCUGUUCCACACGGCCGUUGCCGUGCUCCCAGAAGUAACCACUGUCACGGCCACAUACCUUGAGACUGUCACCUAUACAAGCACCUCCGAUGUCGCGAUCACAUCCAUCACCUCAAUCUGUGAUGUCGGCAGUGCCGGCCCAGCCGCAACAUGUGUCGACACGGUCUGGUCCUCAGGCACCAAUUACUACGAGGCAAUCUGUACCUCUGCAUCGCUCGCAGGUGGUACAACCCUCGCCGCCUUUAACAUUUUUAAUUUCGGAUCAUGCGACCAUUACCGUUCGGUAUAUGGCGGCUCGGGGCUUAAUUUCGUGAAUCUCGGUGCUAUCGGCGAGUGCUUCAUUCUUUAUGGUACUUACCAUUUGACAACGGCGGCAUCGACCUACCAAGCCCUUGAGAGAUUCUCCACCAAUCCGUGCGAACAAACCGUAACGGCUGUCUCUACUGAGACAAUCAUCAACACCUCCGUGCCCAACUCCGACUCCAGCUGCACCCUCUUCGUCGUUAGCUGCACUCUCUUCGUCGUUAGCUGCACCCUCUUCGUCGAUAGCUGCAUCCUCUUCGCCAGCUGCAUUCUCUUCGCCAGCUGUGCCCUCUUCGUCGCCAGGUUCAUCCUCUUCAUCGUCUCAUUCGAAUACCGUUUUGUUCUCAUCGCCAUCUUCGUCGCCGUCUCCGCGCAUCGUCUCCUCUUCUUCUGCAUUUUCUUUAAGCACCCGUUCGGCUUCAUCAAGCGUCUCAUCCGCUCAAUCUGUUGCGGUCUCCGUGUCCAGCAACCCUCGCUCUUCGGUCGUGUCAUCAUCUGUGGUGACUCCGUCUUCCUCCAGCAUACAGCCGUCCAUCUCAGCCUCCUUGUCCAGUGUCCCUCGAUCUUCGGCUACGUUAUCAUCUAUGGUAACAAGGUCAUCUCAGGCCCAGGGUUCAGCUCCGGCCCUAACUUCCUCACCUAUAUCACGAGCUAUGACAACCGCGUCUUCUACUCCAAAGUACUCGGAAUCGCCAUAUCUUUCAAAUACGCCAAAAUCGAUUUUUGUUUUACCCGCGGGAUCUUCGAGCCUUGCUCCAGUGUUGCUACCCUCGGGCACGCCUGCGCAAUUUUCAUCUCAUGCCCUUCCAACGUCGCUGACUGCCCCGCCUCGGUAAAGAGCUCCUAUGUUACGACCGAGACGAUUGUGGUAUCGACAACCGUCUGCCCCGUAACUGAGACUGCACACGCUACCUCCACUGGCUCUGACUACUCUGUAAGCAACGGCGCUGGAGAAAGCCAGCCGUCAUCGGAGCAAUUGACUACUUCUACAAUUCUGAGCACUCGGACUGCCACCAUAACAGCAUGCCCUUCCAGUGUCACUAACUGUCCCGCCUCGGAGAAGAGCACCUAUGUCACAACGGAAACUAUUGUGGUUUCUACUACUGUGUGCCCAAUCACUGCUCUUGGAACGAUUCCAUCGAGCGUUCCUAUCGGUGAAGCUUCUGGGAAUGCAGACCAAGCUUUUACCACCUUGAUCGGCACUGAAGCAGCUGGAAACUCUGCAUAUGUCUCCACUAGCGAGUUUUCUGGCGCUGAAGGCCAAGCUUCUACCACCUUGGUUGGUGCUGAAGCAACAGGAAGUCCUGCAGAUGUCUCCACUAGCGAGGUCUCUGGAGUCUCAGGCCAACCUUCUACCAUCUUGAUUGGUGCUGAAGAAAUCGAAAGCACCACGUAUACUUCUACUAGCUCUACUGGCCAUGGAGACCACACAACGUUUACAUUCAACAUGCUUAACGCAUCUUCUACUGCUUCAACCAAGGCUUUGACUUCGAGCCUGCCCUUGCCUGAAACAAAAGUUUCCACGUCUUCUCGCCAAAAUGCCACAAAGACCGCAACUAAUUCUGCUAUAAGUGCAGUAUACACUGGCUCUGCUUCCCCUACAUGGAAACUACAGUCCUGCCGUCACUUUGUACUAUUGGCCGCUGUUUCUGUUGUUCUAACUGUCUUCUGUUAG